AUGCCCCCCCCGAUUAUUCCUUCCCACUCAGACCUCGCCCGCCAAAAACUCGAAUCCACACUCGCCAACGACCUGUACUCCCUCUCCUUCUCCUCCAUCCCUACAUCUACCGUAUCUUACGACGAUCCGGACGAGUCUCUCGAGUAUCCUAGAGGAGCAGAUGACGCAGUCACCUAUGACAAUCAUGACCAACACAAUAAUGGUGUCCGUCGGGGAGACGGGAUGAACGGAGAUGGUCUUUCGACAUAUCGCGGAGAAGCCUCAAUGUUUAUUGGUGCGAGUCCGAUAUCAACCGCUGGACAUCAUGCGAGCGCGAUGACACUCGGUGCCGGAGUGUUCGAAAACGGUGGAGAUACGAGCCGUACCGGCGAAUUUGACCCCGAAAGAAGCCUCGGCAGGUUGGUGAAUGAGCUCGGUAAAGUCAUGGGCAACGAAAGAAUGCCGGAGCGCCCGACAUCCCCCUUCUAUACCAAUCAAUCCCCCACACCAGUGUUCAACCCUCUCAAUCUCUCCUUUACGCUCACCCGCAGCAAUCCCCUGCCCAGCCCGCCUUCGAGCCCGGUCUAUCAAGACCACAAGCCGCAAGCUGGUCAAUGGCAAGAUACCAGCCUUAGGGAUACUCGGUUCGCCCGAACACCCAAAGCCGCAGGCGUACAUUCCUCUGCCAGCCAGUCGAAGCCCACGAAAUCCAAAAGCAAAGCGUCCGAAAAGUCGAAUAUCAAGACUCCACGGGCGGAAGGAUCGUCAGUGAGAUCUGUCAGUGCCCCAGUCAGAGGCGGACGGACUAUGGGCGAUGUGACUGGCUUGACCGAUCUGCUGAAGACACCGGCGAGGGCUGGCGAGUACGGAUAUCUGAAUCGUGACGAGAGCGUUGGUGGAGUUGCACUAGUCGACAUUCCCGGGAACCUGGAACAGCUCAAUGAGCGCCUGAAGAACCUGGAGGUCGAAAAUACAACUUCGCAGCGCAGAAUGCGAGAGCUCCAGGACGAGCUAUCAAAUGCAAAGGAGGAGCUGGCAGAAGCUCAAAAAAAUGGGGAUCGAGGUGUCAAAGAAGUCGCGGAUGAAAAGACCGCACUGGAACAGCUUGUAGGGUCUACACAGGCCCAUCUUUCCCGUCUGACUCUCGAGCUCGACGCUCACAGAGCAGUCAUACACAAGUUUCAAUCCGCCCCGCCGCACCCUUCAUUCUCUCCGUCUUCCUCCACACUUGCCAAUAUCCGUUCUGAGAUCAACCGUCUCUCUCAGCAGGUCAGCUCCCUCAACUCUAUAGUCGAGAAGGGUCUUGCUACGUGCCAACACUCCCGGUCCGAACGGUCGGUGAGGAUGGAGCGACAGAAGAUGGAGAAACUCGUUCGGCAAAUCGUGCAAGAUGAGCAACCUGCUCAACAAGAGGCCGCACCUGGACCAUCCAAGCUCAGGCAGGGUCUGCGUGCAGCAGCGUCUAUCCACGAAACGCUAGCUCCUGCUACUGUCCAGCGCCCUGGACCGUCGAAGGCCGAGAGGACAUUUGUGCGAAGCGAGGACAUGACAUACUCGCCGACUCCUACCCUCACCCGAGCGCCUUCUGCGCCUUCGUCCCGACAGCCGUCGGGUGCAGGGCCACACCGAGUGAACAAAGAGCCCACAGGCGAGAUUCGGGAGUCUGCGAGGGUGACUUUGCAAAGGAUCCUGGGGCAGGCCGAGGAAGAUUAUGUGCAUUACAAAUCGAUCUAUGUGGAUUUGGCGACCAGAUACAAGUCUCUUGACCCGGCUUCGGACCCGCGCAAAAGACACAUAAUAGCAAAGAAGCUGAAGCAGGCGAUUGGUGUGCUGGAGAGGAAGGGCGAUGAAGUGCGGGAUUUGAGGAGUCUCCAGUGA